UUAUAUGUCUUUGUAACAUCAGGUAGACUAUGCAUGUACACCUGAGGAAGUUCACCAGCAAUUCCAAUCUUCUGCUCAGGGUAACAAUUUUGACAGACAAGUUUGGUCAACCUAAAGGAUUUUCCUAUGUUGAAUCUGUUGAAGUUGAUGCUGUUCAAAGUGCUCUACUGUUAAAUGAAUCGGAAUUGCAUGGUCAUCAGAUGCAGGUUUGUAACUUGAUCUACAUGUGGAUUAUUACUUCAUUAAAUACAACCCUUUAUUAUAGAAACCAGCAUACGACAUCAAUUAUUAGCAUGAUGGGAAAAUCGACAAAUGGUUCACUCAUUUUAUCCUGAUUUUUCUUGUGCAAUUUUGGAGGUCGGGUUCCUUCUCUGUUUACUUUGCAUUUGUACAAUUAGCUUCAUGGAUUAUGCUCACUUAAUAUUGCAACUUAAAAGUGGUUUUAUGGGUUCAGUCUGUUUUGCUCUGUUGAGUAGGCAUCGGACAUGGGUGUCCCACAUGCUUAAUGAAAAGAUGGACUUCUGCAGCCAAUAAAUUGGAGCAAGCUGGUUUUCAGAAUAUAGCAUGUAUAACAUCAGGGCUUCAAACUGUAAAACCAGGUACGUUUGAUUCUGUAGGUACAACUAAGUUGCAAGAUGCUGGCAAAGCUGGUUUGGUCACAAUUCAAGGCAAGAAUUCAGCCGUGCUUGGAACUGCACAGAUUUGCGCAUAUCUGUUUAUAACUUUGUUCCCAGAUCAAGCGGAGAAGCUGCUUCAGAUGAGUCUUGCAAGGUAGCCAUUGCAAAACGAGUCCGGGUUAUACUUUACCCAACUAACAUCCGAGGCAGUCCAAAAUGAUUAGACCACCAAGAUUUGACCACCAAGAUGAUUCCUUACAAAAUUGCUUUAGUCAUCAAGCUGCCAAAUGAUUUUAUCGGCUCUCUAGGAGACCAGCUCGUGAAUGGAGAUGAUGUGUCUAAGAUCAUUAAGCAUCUCUUCCCAAUCGAAGAUUUCUUCUAAAGACAAGCCUCCAAGAGUAAUGGUCAAAUCUCUCAUCUACUGGAUAAUCAUGGACUGCAAUGAACCAUAUCUUCUCCUUUAUCUCUCUUUCUUUCUUUGGUUUCAAGAUUUCACUACGGUUAUAAAUAAAUUGUUUCUGAUAUUUGAAUCUUGCCGGCUGCACCAACUAGUCCCUCUAGGCCAGCUCUUGAAGCACCAGCAAGAACACGAUCAAGGGUUAGAUAGUUGUGCUAAAGUGUCAGAUAAUACUUUUCUACAGUUGAUUUGAGAGUAGAGAGCAUAAAGCAUAAAAUUUGGUUUUCUGGUUAAUGGCUUCCAGCAUCCUAUUUAAAUUGCCAGCCAUAUAACUUAUUUCAUUACUCUAAAAAUGUCAAAGGUACAAUUUUUUUAGUUUUUUUUUCUUUAUUAGCAACCUAAACCACGAUUUUAACAGCAGAAGAAAUGUGUUGUGUCAAAGGUACCUUUUUUUUUUCGAAGUUCUUAGCUUCUUCUUUAUUGCUCUAAAAAGUUUGUUUUUAUUGCUCUAAAAAUGUAAUAUAUUUAUUAGUUUGAAUAGGUGAUAAACAGUGAAUCUGUCUCGGGUGGCUCUGCUGCAUCUGUAUCAACCUGGGAAUGUGUUGUGUCAUCUGGGAGCGAUACUUGUGGAAGCGUGAGGCAGACAUUAUUUUGCGGCCAAGUUGGCUUGAAGCCCGAUUGCGCAUAGAAACUGUUUGAUAAAAUACUUGAGAAAAGCUAGUGUCUAUUCCUGCCUGACAUUGUUCAGCUCAGAAACUUGACAUAUUAAGUUGGCAAUUUUUUAUAAGAAAAAUCUUUAGGCUUUCAUUCUUGCUAAUACUUUGAUGACUGCAAACCCAUUCUUAAUAUCUAAACUGUUUAUAGCAACAUAUCUAGGAGUUUUGUUUGGAUUGAAUUGAGGAAAAUGUUUUUCUAAUGUUUUCCUAACUUUGAAGAAAUUGGAUCGGAUUGGAUAAACGCAGAAGCUCGUCCUGAAGAUACAAUACUUAUCUUGAGCUCGUUGAAGAUAAUCUCUUAAAUAGGACCGGUUAGUUUCAAUCCUGGAAUUAGUUUGUCUGAACAAUAAAGAUGUUAACAUAGAAUAAGUAGAAAAAUGUGCUUUUGAGGUUUGAUGCUAGCAGGAGAAAAGCUUAGCCAAAUGGAAGAGGCGAACGAGACGAAUUCCGGCAUUGUUUAACAUGAGAGUUGAAAGCUGGCAACAUGAGAAUCCGGGCUGUUUGAUGUUGGAACCGGUGACAAUCGUUAUCUUCCAAAUGGAGUUGUGCUUGGUGAGGUUAUAUUCUCGGUUUAGUAAGGGUGUGAUUUAGAGGGGAUAGCUAGUGGCUUUAAGCAUUUGUAUUCUGAGAGCAAGUAGAUUUUCAUGUAUAUAGAGAGUCGUCGGGUUAUCGUAUCCUUUCAUCGGAGACGUGAGGGAUCUUUGCUUAUCUUUGUGUAAUCAUGCAACUCUCUCUAUGUAAUCCUAUGUUAAAUGUUAGUAGCUUUGUAUUAGGGAGUGAGUGACGAAUAUUCGAUAUAUUGGAUAUGAAUAUGUUUCAUCCAUCGUGUUCCUAA